AUGAAUGAGACGCUCCAAUAUUGCAGUGACGAUGGCAUCAUUAUGACACUCUUCGACAGAAGACGACCUAGAAUUGAUCCUGUCAUCUGUGCCAAUAUCCUGACCCUCUUCUACGCCUACAAUAGAGGUCAUGAGCUACCUCGUACUAGGGAGUGGCUCUAUAAUGUCCUACGAUAUCGUGCAUACCUCGAUGGAACCCUCUACUAUGCCACAGCGGAGUCGUUUCUAUAUCAUAUGUGUCGACUCGUUCGAACCUCUAAGGAUCCAACUCCAGAAUGGUUACUCCGGAAGCGCGUAGAAGAACGCAUCAAGGCACCGGGUGAUGCAUUAGCUCUUGCAAUGCGACUAGCAGUGUGUGAUGCAUUGUCCGUCGCCAACCAGCAAGACCUGGCACCCCUACUUUUGCUGCAGUGUGAAGAUGGCGGUUGGGGCGCUAGUCGAAUGUAUCGCUUUCCACAGCUCGAUGUGUGGGAAGGGAAUCGAGGAGUUACUACGGCGCUCGCGGUCAAAGCGUUAAAGUCUAUAAGGCAGACCGAAAAGCAGGACGGUGAAGGCUUGAACUAG